AUGUCGCGACCGGCCCCGGGCAUCCCUCAACGCGGACGAGCCCGCAGCCCCCCAGCCUGAGACGUCCGCGGCCCGGAUCCGGCUUCCCUUCCCCUCCUCCCUUCUCAGGUGCGGCCGGGCCGGCGACGGCGGCAGAUUUUAUCAUGUGGGCAACCUGCUGCAACUGGUUCUGCUUGGAUGGACAGCCAGAAGAGGUCCCACCACCCCCAGGAGCCAGAACACAAGCUUAUUCCAACCCUGGUUAUAGUUCCUUCCCUUCUCCAACAGGCUCUGAGCCAAGCUGCAAAGCCUGUGGGACCCACUUCACAAGCACAGCUGGGAAACAGACCUGCUUGGACUGUAAGAAAAAUUUCUGCAUGACCUGUUCGAGCCAAGAGGGGAAUGGACCCCGCCUCUGUCUUCUCUGCUUACGGUUUCGAGCCACAGCCUUCCAGCGUGAGGAGCUCAUGAAGAUGAAGGUGAAGGACUUGAGGGACUAUCUCAGCCUCCAUGACAUCUCUACUGAAACGUGCCGGGAGAAAGAAGAGCUGGUGUUCUUGGUGCUUGGUCAGCAGCCUGUAAUCACUGAGGAGGACAGGACUCAUGCCCCCACUUUGUCCCCGGACUUCCCGGAGCAGCAGGCCUUCCUAAGCCAGCCUCACACCAGCACAGUACCUCCUACCUCACCCGGCACCCCCUCUUCACCUGCACAGGCCACCUCUGCUCCCCCAGCCCAGGCUCAGGAAACCCAGCAGGCCAGUGGCCAUGUGUCUCAGGACCACGAGGAACCCGUCUACCUGGAGGGCACAGCCAGAGCGCCUACUGAGGACGAGACCCAGUCCAUUGAUUCAGAAGAUGGCUUUGUCCCGGGCCGGAGGGCCUCACUGUCUGACCUGACCCACCUGGAGGACAUUGAAGGCCUGACAGUGCGGCAGCUGAAAGAGAUCUUGGCUCGCAACUUUGUCAACUACAAGGGCUGCUGUGAGAAGUGGGAGCUGAUGGAAAGGGUGACUCGGCUAUACAAGGAUCAGAAAGGACUCCAGCACCUGGUGGGUGGUGCCGAAGACCAAAAUGGGGGAGCAGUGCCGGCUGGCCUGGAGGAGAACCUGUGUAAGAUCUGCAUGGACUCACCCAUUGACUGUGUUCUGCUGGAGUGUGGCCACAUGGUGACCUGUACCAAGUGUGGCAAACGCAUGAAUGAAUGUCCCAUCUGCCGGCAGUAUGUGAUCCGGGCAGUACACGUCUUCCGGUCCUGAGGGCUUGCACCCACUUCUUCAGUGCCUUACAGGAUAGCCCAGGGUGUCUGGGUACAGGGUCAACUUGCAGAAGGGCAAGCUAUUGGAAGAAACUUGGAAUGUUUUCAAGACCAGGGCAAGCAAAGAUGCCUGGCAUGCCUUUCUUGCCACAGGGGUUCACCUCUUGGCUGGCAGAGUCAGAGGCCAAUGGGAACUGGUAGAGAUCCCAUGGGUGAGUGCCUGUUUUUGAGACCAUGGGAUGAUGAUGGUAAUUGAUGAACAAAGGACUUCCCAGAACCUGGACCAUGUUUUUCUUCCUCUGAGAGCCUGGACACAUUUUCCCCAUCCCAUACACCGUCCAUCCCCUGGACACACUGGCCUGUUUCAUCAAUCAAAAGUCUACUAUACCUCUGCUGGUAGUUCUCAGAACAUCUGGAUUUAAAUUGCUGGCCUUUCUGUGCUUUAACAUAUGUUUAACGUCUGCUACAUUGCCUAAAAUCGGUUUGCUUCUUUGGACCAAAAAUGUAUUUAUCAGACCAACAGUAGUCCUUAGGGUGGAAUUUACAUCUGUAAGUUAAUCUCUGAUGAGAAAUGAACCAAAAUGCUGUAGAAAAACUUCAGAAUCACUUCUAUACGUGUUGGUUUGGAAGCUGUGUCUCCAGUCUGUCCCUGGGAGCCACUGCUAAGAAGUCCAGACUGUAGGAAGGAAUGGUGCAUGGGUAACCUCUGCUGCUUCCUCUUUGGGGGCUUGACUUUACACCACCCUUCAGUGGAAGCACUGGCUUUCAGCUUAUGUUUGUUUUCUUAUCCUCCUCAAAUCACUUCAAUGAAAUUUCCCUUUCCUGUGGAGGGAGGUUUUAAACUUGACUUGGGCAGAGCCUUGCUCUUCUCUAGUCAGAUGUUUCAUAAAGUUCCUGGAGAACAAAUGUGUAGGAUAGUGCACCUAAGAGACUGACAGGUCUGCCCAUGACAGCCAGAAGCCCCCACUUCCAUUUCCUUCCUCUGCCUAUUGACUGGGGAGAGGAGGUGGAGGAUGGAGCGAUCUCUAGGCCCUUUAGCCCUCAAGGUCUUUACACCUUGGAGCAGAUGUUUAAGUAAUGUUCACUGGAGCAUAACAAAGCACAAAACUUACACGUUAUCAUAAGAGCAGUGUAAUCCUACCACCAGUGGAUUAACUAUGCAAAACCUAAACAUUGGAGUACCUUGGCUGAACCCACUACCCCGCCCUGUACAGCUGCAGCUCAUAUCUGUCUGAGACUACAAGAAACAAUCGUGACUGCAAAUUCAAAGGAAACCUCUAAGGAGACCUGUUAGAUGUACUUAUGCCUUCCCUCCAUCAUUAACCACUAAAUACUUCCAGGGGAAUUAGAGAAUUUCAUUAAGUAGUUGUUAGUGAAACCCUAGGCCUUUUACCUGGAUAUUGUAUCAAGUUCAGAUGACCUGAUUCUCGGUUGCAGCCUUUCUUAAGAGUUGGGGAGUCAGAUUCUCCCACGAAAACUACCUUUCUAUCCCCUUUCUGCUGAACCGCAAGUGCUGUAGUCUCCAAAUGCCUAUCAGCUUAGCAAAGGCUCAGAUGAUUGUUAUUUGAUUCCACUGUGAAACAGGCAUGUAUAUGGCAGCCCAGUAAGAUCCAGCAAUAACAUCACAGCAGAAGCUGGCUGUCCCUCCUUACUACGUGCUUUCUCUGUUGAGGCCUUACCUCCUAACUUUCUCCUAGACAGGAAAAUAAACUGACAGCCGAUGAGUAACCUCAGUAAGAAUCAGAACUGGUGUUAUUUACUCAUUUCAUUGCCUUUAAUGAAAUCUCUUGUGAAGUUUUUCAUUUGGGAAUAGGUAUAAGCCUGUUGUUCCCCCCCACACCCCCCGCCGGCAUAAUCUUUAUUAAUUACACUAAACAAGUUGGGAAUUACAAGAGUCCAUUCCAGUUAACAUCAUAACCCAGGUAGAAAACCUCAUUCACUUUUUAUCCUUGAAUUCCCUCUGUCCUUCAUGGAUCCUUGGUCGUAAUUACCAUGAAAGCAUCCAUCCCUUCCAAUUCUUCUGUGGAUUUUGCUGUGACUGCUCUGAGAUUUCAGCUGAGGCUUGUUUGAAAGACUUGGACAGCUGACUGGUUCAUAUGUUGGAAUAGAUUGAUCCAAAUAAGCUGUGCAAGGAUCAGCUUCAAUAGACAUUGUGUAAAUUUGCUGAAAUCUUUUGGAUGUGAAUGUGUUGCUUCAAGUGGCUUAUAUUAAGAUUCUUUCGGAUUUACCUGGGUGUUAAAAAGCAAACCCAAAUGUGUAUUUUUUGUUACAGAGCUCUGCUUUAUAAUUUUGUAAUAAAGUUUCAAUAUGGA